AUGAUUAAGCGCCUCAAUGUACUCUACGAACGUAAUUGGACGCGUCUCGUCCACGAGCAAUUGAGAAAGUUCGAGUCAUCCAUAGUGGCUGCGGCACGACAGUCAUCUGAGACACAGCCGUCUGAACUUACUAUGGACUCCAAGUGGACUUUUUCUGGUGCACUCAUAUAUUGCAUCACGCUUAUUACUACUAUAGGCUAUGGGAAUGUCUCUCCCCGCACCGCUGCCGGACGAGCGGCCACUGUAGCAUAUGCGGCAGCAGGGGUGCCACUCACGUUGGCAUGUUUAGCUGGCCUUGGCGCCUCACUUGCUAGACUGGCACGGCUGGCUUGGCUGAAGGCUACUAAGAGAAAAGUGCCCAAUACUUGGAGAAAGGACGGGGAACCGGAGAACUAUUUACAACUACACGAGCAGCAAAGACUCCUACCGCAACCAGCAGAACACAAUCAAUACACAUCCUUUCCACCGAGGACAUACAGAUCACCAGGGACAGUAAAGGCCAGAGCUGGAGACAGAGGGCAGUACUCUCAAGUCUUUGAAAGAGCUCCUUCAAGUCCUCGAUCGGCUACAUUAGGAAGAGUGAAGCGAAGUACUUUAGCUGAUGAACCACACACAUCUUCAUCAUUACAAACGCAAACAUUGGACCGAAAGAAAACAAUAGGUAGCUCAAAGUGCCUUGCAACAGUUCAUGGGCCUGGAAGAGGCAGAGGGAGGACCACGAUACAAAGACCAAGGGGAGCUGUCAUAGAACAACUCAUUGCGGAGGAAUGCGGUGAUCUGAUGAAUAGAAGUCAAGACGACUUGGAUGACUCCGAAGAUCCAGAAGAAUCAAUAUGUCCACACGACACGCCAUCGCGAGUGCCUCUGAUAUGGAAUGAAGAGAGCCACAAAAUGAAAAGUUGUACCGCACCCAGCAGUAGUGCCUCCACGAGUGUGCAACAUCACAUCCAUCAAGGAAUUGAACACUGUCAUAUACCAGUUGGCAUAGUAUUGUUCCUUCUUCUCGCCUACAUCUGCGUAGGAGCUGCUUUAUUCUCUGCUUGGGAAAACUGGAGUUUCCUUGACGCUGCGUACUUCUGCUUCAUCGCGUUAGCUACUAUAGGUUUUGGGGAUUUCGUCCCCACCAGCUUCCUGACAUCAAAACAUAGUACAGAGAAUUCUAAAAGUGAAUAUGUGCAAAUGAUUGCAUGCUGUGCGUACCUAGUGUUUGGACUCAUUUUAAUAGCAAUGUCGUUUAGUCUUCUUCAGGAUGAAGUCGUUGCUAGGUGUUCUCAGUUAGCCAAUAGUCUAGGCCUCUCUCGUCAAUGA